CACCAAAGCAAAGGGGAAAAUGUCUCAGGCGAGAGGCAAGAAGAGAAACCCUGGGCUGAAAAUUCCUAAAGAAGCCUUUGAGCAACCACAGACAAGCUCCACGCCACCCAGAGAUCUAGACUCCAAAGCCUGCAUCUCCAUUGGCGAGGAGAACUUUGAGGUGAAAGCCGACGACCUGGAGCCCAUCUCCGAGCUGGGACGAGGUGCGUACGGGGUGGUGGAGAAGAUGCGGCACAUGCCGAGCGGGCAGAUCAUGGCAGUGAAGCGGAUCCGAGCCACGGUGAAUAGCCAGGAGCAGAAAAGGUUACUCAUGGAUCUGGAUAUCUCCAUGAGGACGGUAGACUGCCCCUUCACUGUCACCUUCUAUGGGGCACUUUUCCGAGAGGGAGAUGUGUGGAUUUGCAUGGAGCUGAUGGAUACCUCACUGGACAAAUUCUACAAACAUGUCAUUGACAAAGGCCUGACAAUUCCUGAAGACAUCUUAGGGAAAAUAGCCGUCUCUAUUGUAAAAGCACUAGAACACCUACACAGUAAGCUCUCCGUGAUCCACAGAGAUGUAAAGCCCUCUAACGUGUUGAUCAAUACGCAGGGGCAGGUGAAAAUGUGCGAUUUUGGAAUUAGCGGUUACCUCGUUGACUCGGUAGCUAAAACCAUGGACGCAGGAUGCAAACCGUACAUGGCUCCUGAAAGAAUUAAUCCAGAGUUGAACCAGAAGGGAUACAGCGUCAAAUCUGAUAUCUGGAGCCUGGGAAUCACAAUGAUCGAGCUGGCCAUCCUGCGCUUCCCCUACGACUCCUGGGGGACACCCUUCCAGCAGCUCAAGCAGGUGGUGGAGGAACCAUCACCGCAGCUGCCGGCGGACAAGUUCUCAGCGGAGUUUGUUGACUUUACCUCGCAAUGCUUGAAGAAGAAUUCCAAAGAACGGCCAACAUACCCAGAGCUUAUGCAACAUCCUUUCUUCACCCUGCACGAAUCCAAAGAGACAGACGUUGCCUCUUUUGUCAAGCUCAUCCUGGGAGACUGAGAACUGGAUCCUUGUAAAUGAAUUGCCCUUCUGUGGACUGGUGGGUGCCGGGGAGGGACGCGUGGCCGGACUCGCCAGGAGAGCACCAACAGAGAGCCACCGUGUUUUGUUUUGUUUUGUUUUUAUUCUGAGAAACCCUCGCCUCGCCGAAGUUUUUAAAAGGGUUCUUUGGUAUCCGUAGUGACAUAGAACGAGCUGGUUAGUGAAAUGAAUUUUAAUGAGGUUGGUAACCUUAAAACAAAUGCAAAACAACUGCAACAACAAAAAAUUUUAAGAGUGAUUUACAUAUUUAAUGACAGUUGGGAUCCCUCUUUCCUCACUUGCUCCUCAUCCCCCUUUCCCUCCUUCUGAACCGGAAUUUGCUUUGUCAUGGUAAUAGGUGCUAUGGUAGUCAUGAAGUUGUAUGUAGAUUUAUAUUUUGUCCCUUCCAUUAUUUUAAUAUUUAUGUUAAGUGCUUGAUGGAAUAGAUUUCUGUUUUAUGUGAGGAUGAAUGCGUGGUGACGAUGAUAAUGCUAAAUGAGGCCGCAGAAGGGGAUAGUUGCAGGGUUUUGCUGUUGAGAAGGUGUUGCAGGAAAG